UUGCCAGGAGUUAACAUGGCGCGCCCGGUAUACGGUGGGCGUCACUUCCGCCCGUCCUGUCCAAGGAGCAGCAUGGCGGAAGUGCAGGAGCAGCGGCAGCUGCUGCCGUCCCCUCCUCUCUCUCCUCAGGAUGGCGGCCAAGGGGAGGGUGGGGAGGACGCCCCGGAAACGGGGUCUUCGGAGGGAGGUGCCGAGCCGCCGCCCCCAACGGCGGGCUCCCCCGGCACCGAGGAACCUGCGGGCGACGCCAAAAAGAAAAUUGAUGUCCUGCUGAAGGCUGUUGGCGACACCCCCAUCAUGAAGACCAAGAAGUGGACAGUGGAGCGGACCCGCACCAUCCAGGGCCUCAUUGACUUCAUCAAGAAGUUCCUCAAGCUGACGGCCUCGGAGCAGCUGUUUAUAUAUGUGAAUCAAUCCUUUGCUCCCUCUCCAGACCAGGAAGUUGGGACCCUCUAUGAGUGUUUUGGAAGUGAUGGCAAACUUGUACUCCAUUACUGCAAGUCUCAGGCAUGGGGAUGAUUGGUGAGCAGCUGCUGUUGUUUAGGGGUGACAUUCAGAAAAGAAAAGGGCUCUCAUCUUCAGAAACCUUGCUGCCCAUGGACUUACUGAAGAGAAGGAUUGUACAUUACUGCCUAUGAAUUUACUUUAUUCUCUGCAUUUGUCUGCAAAAUCAUGCAGAUGGCUAGCAUGCAAGAAACACCAGCAAGCCUGCUCGGUCAUAUACUUUUCUUUCUUGUGUCAGCCAUGGCAUACAAAUGGUUCUUCAUGUGCCAUUGCUAGAGUAGAAGUACUUUUCCCACUGAUGAGCUCCCUGUUUACCGUAUUUGAAAGGACAUUGUUUCAUGACUUGUGGACUGCAUCACUGUAAAUGCUGUACUGAAUAUUCAGUUUCCCCUUGGAAAAAGUAUAUUUCUAUGUACACUGGGACUCAUUUUCAUCCUGACAUAGAAUGUUCAUUUAUUACACACGUUUUAUUCUUUAUUUAUUUGAAGUUUUUAUUUUGAGUGUGUGAUGUCUCAUUUGCCCCUCACUUCAAGCAAGCAUUUUCUAGAGCUUGUCUCAAAAGUGUUAUAUAUAAAUUGUGCAUGAGGCAAGGUAUGUAGCCAUGCUGUUUAUGCUAGUACCCUUUGUACCUUCAGUCAUCUUGAUCAGUUUAAAUACUUGACGGAACAAAUUCAAGAAACCCAGGUUAUACACACUGUCUUUAAUCCUUUAACAGUAUGUGAACACAUGCUUCCUAUUUUUCCUUUACUGUUUUAGUAUUUUCCCAAGUCCCUGCUCUUCAGAAGGUGCUCUAAAAAACUUCCAUGGCAAAUCUCAAUCAUUAUCAACAGGCUAGAGAGAAAUCCAGUAGUUAAAUCUUUCAGUUUCCAAGGAAAUAAAUGAUGAAUAGCUGCCAUUCCAGCCAAAGCAAUAGAACACUUCUGUACCUAUAACAAGUAAUAAAGUUGCAAUGGAAUAACAGUUAACAGAAGAAGGUUACCUGGUCUCCAUCCACUCUCUACAUUGACCUGUACACGAUAUGGGAAAGGAGACUGGGAAAACAGCUGUUUUUUGUCUAGGUAGCAAGUUCAUCCAUUAAGUCUCUUCCUUUACUGUUAACAUGAAGAAAUGAUUUUAAAAAAACACUUUGCCUGCUAGUCUGUUAAUAUAUGGAUUGGAAAUGGGCUGCAUGCUAAUAUGUACUGUCCAAUACUAUAGCUACAUCUUCUGACUGCAUUGUACAUUAUUGAUUCUAUUGGAAUAUUUUAAUAAACUCGUAUCAUAUUUUUCAUGCCAGAAA